AUGGCUGUGACGAUUUUAUGGCCGAAAUCGAAAGGUGUUGAUAACAGUGAAGAGGAGGAGAAGAUCACCUUUCCCUUUGUUUCCCUAUGGAGCAAGAACGCAAGUGAUCUUGCCCUUCUCACUGAUGCAUCUUCCUCUGCAUCUGCCCCGGAUGAUCCUGCUGCCCCUGAUGUCCCUUCUUUGCUUGCUGCUGCUGCUAUGUCCACUCCUGGUACAUCUGCUGAUGCCUCUCCUGCCACUGGCACUUCUGGUGAUGCUGCUUCUGCUGCUGCUGCUGCUGUGCCUUCGUCGACGCCUGAAGACGAACCUCCAAAAGGCAAGUCGAAGAUUGCUGACGCCAUGUCUCGACUUCCUUUCUCCUGGUGGCACUGUGCGAGUGUCAGGGCCACUAGUGGCCUCUUAGACUUCAAGAAGCAGAGGAAGGAAGGCAGAGGUACCACCGUGUUUCCUCUACGAAGGGCGUUCGCCAGGACACCAAUUCUCAUUGUGCUUCGUACCAAAAAAUAUAUUUACACAUCUCUUCAGAGAGACCCAAUGCUUCCCCGAUUACCAUACGAAGUGAAACUACCAAUUGGCACUCGUCUAUCACCACGGCACCUCCACCCCACCCCCCGGGGUCCAGGGGAAAGCAGCAGUAAUGCCUCCUCCUCCUCCUCCUCCUCCUCCUCCUCCUCCUCCUCCUCCUCCUCCUCCUCCUCCUCCUCCUAG